AUGGGCGAACUCUUUGAUUACCUGGCAGAGCACGAUAGCAACUUUCGCAAAGGCCGCUUGCCAGCUCUUUACUCCGACUUCCGAUCGCAGCAGACCCUCAACCCAGAUGGGUACCAGGCCAAUCUAUCAGCAUGGCGACACGCCCUCUCGCACCUUGCAUCGCAGGGCCUGCUGGCACGACACACGAACGACUCGAGCACAUUGGUGGCCAAGGUGGACGGCGGACUCCUGGAGCAGCUGGAGAGCAAGCAGUACGGACAGCCGCUGGCCCUGGGAACCGUCGUGCGGGACGCAGUGUCUGCCCGUGAGCUGGUGGACCUACAAGAAUUCAAGAAGGCCCCGCAGAGCAUAUACCGUCGUGGAUGGGGGGUGGUCCCCUGGUCCGUGUUGGGGUGGACGAUGCGGCAGCUGGGUGUGACGGACCCAGCACGGGGGGAGGACACACUGCCCACAGGCCAGUACGUGGUGCUCGAGAACCUCGAGGGUCUGGCGCGGGAGCUGUCGGAACGCAUGGCGGGCAAGACGCUGUCGAUGCUGGACCGCGUCUUCACCAGGAAACAGUUCCAGCAGGUGUUCGUGUCGCGGAGCAAGACGUUGUCUGACCAGGAUAUGGAUCUGUUUCUUCUGUUCCUGUCGCGCGACAAAGGCAUGAUCGCGUACGACGGGCAGACGCUCCGGUUCAAAGACAGCAGCAACCCCUCGCCCACCAUUACCGAGCAGGACACGACGGUCGCCUCCAUAAAGGACCUUUCGGCCACGCUGCGCCACCAGGUCGACCUGCUCAACGAUCGUGUCGACGACCUGGAGAUCAAGGCUAAGACGGCCGUGGCCCGCAAGAACCGCGUCGCCGCCCUGGCUGCCCUGAAAUCCAAGAAGCAGACCGAGUCGACGCUCGCCAGCCGCUACGCCACGUUGGCCCAGCUAGAGGCCGUGUCUGUCAAGAUCGAGCAAGCAGCCGACCACGUCACCCUGGUCAAGGUCAUGGAGUCGUCGACCGGCGUCCUCAGGGACCUCAACGCCCAGAUCGGCGGCGCCGAAAGGGUCGAUGGCGUCAUGGACAGCCUCAGGGAGAAGAUGGCGGACACGGACGAGAUUGCCGGCAUCCUGGCCGAUUCCAAUGUCGCCGUCGACGAGGACGAGCUCGACGACGAGCUUGACGCCAUGGAGGCCCAGGAGAAGGCCGCCCGUCGCGAGGAGGAGGACGAAAAGGACGCCCGGGAGGCUCUCGAGAAGAUCGGCCAGCUUCCCGGCGUGCCGGUAGAAGAGGAGGAUCUGCUGCGCGGGGAGAAGGAGCAGUCACCCACAACGACGACAGGCAUCGCCAACUUGUCCGUGCGCGACGAGCCACAGAGGGAGCGUGCAUGA